AUGUAUGUGACUCGUCCUCUUUCUCUGUAUAGAAGGAACCCUUCAGCGACUUCCUCGCCGCCUCCAGAAGGCCCGAACUCCGGCGUGCUGGUCAUCCAAGACGAAGAAGCUCAGCCGAAGAGGUGCUGCGGGCUGGUGAACAGCAGCCGGGUCAGGGACCUGCCUUGCCCUCAGAACAAGAACCUCCAAGUUCGAUUCGUCCAGCCAGUUGGACUGGUGACGCACGUCCAAACCCACCGCGUCGUCUUCAUCCCUGCGCUCGAUCACCCGCUCUCUGCUAAUCGUUACUACGUGAUCAAGCAGGAUGGGAAGCACAAAGGGGAAGCUCAUAGAAACUCGACGGAGGAGGAGAUGACAACUUGCUGCUUCUGCAGCUCUGGAGGUGGCUUCCCCCCUCUUUUUCUAAGAAGAGAAGGUUGGACGCUCCAUACUUCAAAAUCUCCCGAUUUCAAGCUGGAUGAAGCUCUGGGCGUGGAUUCGAACCUCCAAGCUCGCCUUCCAGAUUUUGACUCUGUGUUGUCUGAGGAGAAAAUUAAUCAUAUUUUGGUGCCUAGGGUGGUGGGGAAAUGGUACUGUCCUUUCUUGUUUGUUAAGGAAUCAAGAAUGGAUGUUAAGGUUCAAGUCGAUCGUUCGAGAUUCUACGAGAUAACGUUGGAGCAGCAGUGGGAGCCAAUUUUUAUAUGCAACAAUGGCAUUGAAGGAAAUACCAACUCGUUCAUGAAUGUAGAUGUUUUGAUUGAGACCGAAGUCGUGAGAGUUGGUGAAAGGGAUGUGGUGGGGCAUAUGGUGGGAGAAAAUGAUGGAGUUGUUUGGUUUAGAAGGGCGGGAUUGGACAAUAAUGCAAGGGAGGAAGGGAUGAGGGUUGGGUUGAGCAAGGUGAGUGUGGAGAGGAUGAAAUGGGAGGAGGAAAGAGUUGGGUGGAGAAGUGGCCCUUCAAAUUAUUGGCCCCUGUGCUGGCGGGGCGACCAGCACAGGCCCAUGGCCGGGCCUGGUGGAAUGAACAAUUGGAAGAGGUUUGGUUAUUUUGUGCUGGUUGAGAGUUUUGUGUUGAGGAGAAUGGAUGGUGAUUUUCUGAUGAGUUAUGAGUUUAAGCAUAUUCAUCAAUUCAUGACAAAAUGGGAGUAG